GGGAGUACCAUUGUUGCAGCACUUGCUGUGUUCAGGGUUCAUGGACUAUGCGUCAGUGUCAGACUGUGAGUACUGUACACACUGAGGGUUAAUGACCCUGUGGAUGUACUGUGGCUCUCCCCUCGAGUAACUUGGAAAUAGAAAGAACUGGAUCUCAUCGUGUGGCGUCUUUCUAGUCCUCUGUGUUUGAUGUCCAUCAGAAACCUGAUACAUCUGCAUCAAUACUAUUCUGUUCCUGAUCAUCAUCAUCAUUAUCAUCAUCAUCAUCAUCAUCAUCAUCAUCAUCAUCAGCAGUCAUGAUCUCUCGUUUUCUCCUGCUGGUUCUGCUGGUUCUCACUUGCCUUCAGUCCUUCAUAGUGGCCGACAAUGGAGAAGGACCAGCUCAGUGCUGUUUCAGCUUUCUGACACAACCAAUCUCUGUAAGAGUCAUUACAGCUUAUGAAGUAACAGAGCUUCAGUGUUCAAAACCUGGAGUCAUCUUUACUCUACAGGACGGUCGUCAUGUGUGUGCAGAUACCGGCAUCAAGUGGGUGAAGAAUCACAUGAACAGAAUUGACCAGCGUCUGUUUAACAGUCUGAACAAACCUACAAAGAAUUUAAAUCCUCUCUCCAAGUAAUGAAUAAUUAUUUUACAAAAUGUACUUUUUCUCUGCUUUAAAAGAAAAUCAUGUUGGUUGCAUUCAAACCUAUUAAAAUGUACCAUUUAUAAAUAUAUGUAAUAUAUACACAUAUGUCUGAUCAGUUUGUUUGUUUAACUUUGAUUUUUUUUUCUCCCCUGUAUAACUUUUUGUUCUGCUUUAAAAUUCUGUUUGAUUUGUUUCUGUCUUCAUGCAGAUUUACAUCAUAUCUUUCUCUCUUACUAGUGAUUUGAAUUGUUACAAAAUAGUAGAAGAAUGAAGGUCAAUAAAUAAUC